UUUAACCGGCGACAAAUCCUCCGAUACAGUAGAGAGAGAUAUAUAUGCGUGUAAAUAUUGUGGCAGUGAGAUGUAAAAGUAUCUCUUCCCUUCACCACCACCUCCUCCUCCUCUCCGCUGGGUUCGACUCUACAGAUUCAUCUUCAUUAGAAAGUUUGGUUUGUUUGUCGGAUUUGAGCAGUAAUGGAGGGAAUGCUCUCUCCCAGUGAUCAGCAGAGAUUAGUCUCUUCUUUCCUUGAGAUCGCUGUCGGUCAGACAUCUGAAACUGCUCGCCAGUUCUUAGAGGCAACAAGCUGGAAACUUGAGGAAGCUGUUCAGCUUUUCUAUGUCGGAGGAGAAGGUGGUAUUCUUCCUUCUGGUACAAACACUCAGCCAACGGUGGACGAUCCAAUGGCUGCACAGUCUUGGGGGGCGGCUGAUACAGGAAAUGAAAGGAUGCAGAACGAUGUAGUAGAUGAUGAAGUGCGUGCUCCUUUACCUGUUGUGAGGGAGACUCUUUAUGGUGACUCUAUGUAUUACGGGGCAACGAGGGUGGGAAACUCUCAGCGUGAACCAGCUUCUUUGAUUGCUUUCCGUAACUUCAGCGAAGAGCCAAAAAGCCCUGGAAUUUGGGAGCCAGAUGAGGUUGGUGCUUCCUCUGCCUCUGCAUCUGGCUCAGCUUCUGCGCCAGAGGCAGCAGCAUCAGCUCCUCGGGAUAGCUUGGCCUCCUUGUACCGUCCUCCUUUUCAUCUUAUGUUACACGGCUCCUUUGAACAGGCAAAAGCUACGUCUAGCUCUCAGGAUAAAUGGCUUCUCGUUAACCUCCAAUCUACCACGGAGUUCAGCUCUCACAUGCUAAAUCGAGAUACAUGGGCAAAUGAAGCUGUUUCUCAGACUAUCAAGGCCAACUUCAUCUUCUGGCAGGUCUAUGAUGAUACCACGGAAGGAAAGAAGGUUUGCACAUACUACAAGCUCGAGUCCAUUCCUGUGGUGCUUGUAAUUGAUCCUACAACUGGUCAAAAGAUGAGAAUGUGGUCUGGAAUGGUCGAACCAGAGAAUUUGCUAGAGGAUUUAGUGCCCUUCAUGGACGGUGGUCCUCGUGAACACUUUGCUUCUCUCUCAAAGAAACGUCCAAGAGGCAGCUUCUCACUGGCUCCUCAUUCCAAACCCAAAGAGGUUGUAGCGAAAGAUGAUGAUGAAGAAGCAGAACUGCAACGAGCAUUGGCUGCUUCCUUGGAAGACAACGACAUGAAAGAAUCUUCAGAUGAUAAUAAAUCAGCAAUAACGCCUGAAGAAGUAGUAGCGGUUGAAGAAGCUGUUACAACAACGGUGCUGCCAACAUUCCCACCUCUGCCUGAAGAACCAAAGGGAGGCGACCGCAGCGUUCAGUGCAGAGUCGGGAUACGUUUACCAAACGGACAGAGAGUCCAGAGGAACUUCCUCAAAACCGACUCAAUUCAGCUUCUCUGGUCGUUCUGCUAUUCUCAGCUUGAGGAAUCAGAGAGGAAGAAGCCACUGAAGCUAACACAGGCGAUUCCAGGUGAAUCAAAGACAUUGGAGUAUGAGUCUAACUUGACCUUGGAGCAAUCUGGUGUUGCCAAUUCCAUGAUCUCUGCUACAUGGGAAUGACAAUACCAUAUCUAUUAAACUUAUCUCUAUGAUGCUGUGUUUUAACUUUUUUAAGGUUUAUUAGAUUUGUUCUUUUAAGAUUCUGACCUUUUGAAGAAUGAAAAGUUUGUGGUA